AUGUCUUGCUUCUCCGAGACGACCACUACUACUUCCUCAAAAUCAAUCUACAUUAAUCCCAUGACGGCCAAGACGACAUCAUCGGAAAAUGACGACGUUUCACUCUCUCUUCUAUACAAUCUCUCCACCAUUCAAGACAAAUUCCAUCAGAUCCAAUCUCUGGUCAGCUUCUUCAUGAUCUCUGCUAAUAACAAUAACCAAUCCUUGGGGUCAACGUCCUCUUUGGCCGUGGCUAACAUCGGAAGUUUGGUUCAAGAGAUCAUCACGGCGGCUUCUUCAAUGAUGUCCACUUGCCAACAACUCCACAUCUCAUCUAACGUUCAAACCGUAGAUGCAAUGGUUAUGGAGUUUUCCGGACAAGAAAUCGACCUGGAUCAUGAUUUCUUGCAAGAGUCGUCAACUAACUUUCUCGGUAUCCAAGAAAGAGGGCAGAUCUCGUUUCUCGACCAGACUACACAAAACCUUGAGUGGUACGGUACCCAAACCCUAAACCCUACAAAAGGUCACCAGCGUUCUAAACCAAGAUCCGGGAUCUACGAGAUACUGGAGUUAGACGUAGCGGAUCUACUAGCAAAAUACACGCAUUACUGCAAGAUUUGCGGGAAAGGGUUCAAGAGAGACGCGAAUCUAAGGAUGCACAUGAGAGCACACGGAGACGAGUACAAGACACGUGAGGCCUUGAUCAGCCCUACGAGCCAUGACAAGAAAGUCGAACACUCGUUGAAGAAACAUUACUACUCGUGCCCUCAACAAGGGUGUAGAUGGAACCAGAGGCACGAGAAGUUUCAACCGCUGAAGUCCGUGAUUUGCGCCAAGAAUCAUUACAAGAGGAGUCAUUGCCCUAAAAUGUACAUGUGCAGGAGAUGCAGCGUGAAGCACUUCUCGGUUCUGUCCGAUCUUAGGACGCACGAGAAGCAUUGUGGGGAUAUCAAGUGGGUUUGCUCUUGUGGGACUAGCUUCUCUAGGAAAGACAAGCUCGCGAGUCACGUUUCUUUGUUCUUGGGCCACUCACCGGUUCAUGGGGCGUCGCAGCUGCAGCCGCCGAUGGUCACCAACUAA